AUCGCAAUUCUGCGCUUCCAGAGAAGCUGAACAGACCGCUGUGGCGCCAGUGCACCGUUACUGACAUUCAAAUUGCAGCUUAGCCACACUGGAAACUAUCAAGAUUCCAAAAGCGAAAUGAUCCCAUCGAACCUGUGCAGAUAACAGGAUCAACUUAAUACUGCUUGGAAGUUGAUGGACUGACAGAUACAAUUAAUCCGAAGCAAGACUGUUUAGCUAGCCUGCUAGCUACACGUGGAAGCGUAGCUAGCUGGCAAGCAAAUAUUAAGUGAACUGGCUGGCUGCUCUGCAGAGAGGGACUCCUGAAAAACCAAGGUGAUGCAAUGCGAGCGAUAAGGGCUGAUCAUCGCUGCUCUUAGCCCCCAAAAUGAGUGCCAGAUCGGCCAUUAACAAGGAGAUUUUUGCGCCGCACGAUGAGAAGAUGCUGGGUGCCGUCCAGGUCAGGAGGAGAACAAAGAAAAAGAUCCCCUUUCUGGCCACUGGGGGCCAGGGAGACUACAUGACCUACAUCUGCCUGUCAGUGACAAAUAAGAAGCCCUCCCAUGUCUCCAUUACCAAGGUGAAGCAGUUCGAGGGCUCGUCCUCCUUUAUCAAGAGAUCGCAGUGGACCAUUGAGCAGCUGCGGCAGGUGAACGGCAUCGACCCCAAUCGAGAUUGCCCAGAGUUUGACCUGAUGUUUGAGAACGCCUUCGACCAGUGGGUGGCGAGCUCGGCGGGGGAAAAGUGUACCUUCGUCCAGAUCCUCCACCACACCUGCCAGCGGUACAGCGCCGAGCGGAAGCCCGAGUUUGUCAACUGUCAGUCCAAACUGCUCGGAGGGAACAGCAUCCUGCACUGCGCGGCGGACAGCGUGACCAGUGCGGUGCAGAAGGCCAGCCAGGCGCUGAACGAGCGUGGGGAGCGGUUGGGCCGCGCGGAGGAGAAGACCGGAGACAUGAUGAACAGCGCAGAGCAGUUCGCCGUCACAGCCCACAAGCUCGCCAUGAAGCACAAGAGUUAAAGCCGUUGCCAAACCUCUGGGGGAUCCGCCAAAGGGCUGAGCCGCACAGGCCCGAGACGCGCUUCACAUUUUAUUAUUUUUAAGAAUUGUAAUAAUUGUAUUAAUGACGAUAAACAAUUUUUAAUUUGUAUUCCUGGACGUGUUCGGUGUUCGUUAAAGAGUGGAGGUUCGGAGAUUAGCGGAGCAAGGUGUACAGGGCCGACUUGACUGUG